UCAUCAGGUAAGUAUAUAGUUUAUGAACUAAAAAACUUUCGAAUAGAAAUGGUUGUAUUUACUAGAUUUGGUGGCUUGAUCAAUCAGAGCAUUCAACAGCCUCUUAAGGCCGCGGCCGAGUCCAAGAUACCUGAGAAUGUUAAAUCUAGUUCAGUUUCAGAGAAAGAUACUAAUAUUCAGGAACCUUGGUAUUGGGAUCCUGAUGUGGUCCCAAAGUUGAAGGCUGAGUACAAGAAAAAUUCGCAUGUUAGAGCAAUGCCAUUGUAUGCUGUCGAUCCUAAAUAUUAUGACUUAGCUGAGGUGAAUAGGCAAGCAAGACUUUGGUCUGGUCCUAAUAACAAGCAUCCAUGGUAUGAUGCUCCUGCUACGGUGAAGGUGAAAAGAAAAAAAGGUCUUUGCAAUUUGAACAUAGAAUUUACAUUGGGAUGGCCUCCUCAAUUAGUCUCUGAGAUGCUUACUAAUCCAAGAAACCUAAAUUUCUUCAGAUUAUUCGACAGGGAAUUUCGCCAACGUUUGGACAACAAAUCAACAAAGGUUUUGAAGAAAGACGGACCAAGGCAGAUCACGGAAGUGAAAAAAACUUUUAGAUAUAAGCUUCUCGGGUUGUCUAUAGCUAUCCCUAUACAUCUAAUCAUCGAUGAAAACCAUCAAAAUCUUACUGCAAAAUUUAAGAAAAAGAAAAUGAUGUACAUGAAAGUGUUUGAGGGUAGCUGGAAAGUGGAGCCACUAUACGCAGAUCAGGAACGUUUAUGCAAGUCUAGGUCGCGGAUUAAUGGAGAAGAAUACAAAAAAUGUAGUGGCGGAAAAGGAAGGAUUGGAUCAAAAGUGACAAUGGAGCAGAUCUUUCAGCCUUGUUCUCUUCUUAAUGUGCCACCGAUUUCUUGGUUCAUCCGUGAGAUCACCAUAAAAACAUUCAAGAAUUUGCUCGAAGAUCUUAGACAAUUUGUUAUCGACAUGCACAAAAGUUCAGACUCGGAAUGAGCCGGUUAUAAUGUAGUGGACUGGCAUUAUUGCACGGCUUGGUUAUAAUAUAUCUAUGGUUAUGACGUCACUGUAUUAUACAGGGAACACGACCCGAGUAUACUGACAAUGAAAAAAAUGGAUAAACAAAACUUAUUUACUUGAAGGAACAAAAAAAAAAAAAUGGCAAACACUAUAGUACCAGUUAAGCAUAAGUGAUUAUGCAUAAAUAUAAUAUACAAUUGUAACCCGGGCUCUUUUUACGUCAUUUGAAUCGACAAAACUCGACAAAUA